AUGUUUCGCAUGUGGCUCCUAGUAUCUAUCAUAAUCAAGUACAAUGAGUGUGCAAGACAAUCAAAAAAUUAUGUAAGAUCUUAUUCAAAAUGCCUGAACAAUAUAUUGGAAAAUUACACUAGUACAGAAGAUAUAAUACUGUGGGAUCCCAACGAUGAAAUCAAACUCGAAGUUCCCAUCACAAUUCAAAAUGGAAAAGAAAAAUUCAAGACAUUUCAAUACAACAGAAGAGCUUCAUGUUAUGUUAUAUCACUGAUCACAAAUGAAGACUUCACUGAAGUGAUGCAAAUACUCAUCAGGUCCAAUAAAUUUGAUACUGGUGCAGAGUUCAUCUUCAUUGUGGACAUCAUCACUCCAGGAAUGCUGAAAGUAAUUUCUGAAAAAUAUAUCUACAAGGUUAUUUUCAUAACCAGCAUUUCCAGUUCUAUACAAUACAUCCAUGCCCUUGGUCAGUACCAGAAGGAAGAUAUUGAUAGCCCUAUAGAAGAAACAGUCGUGGUUGGUAAUUGUACAAGAGGAAGAUUACAACAACACAAUGAGUUUUUCGAGAAUACUUCACCUAUGAAGUGGAGAAAUACCACAUUCAGAGUAUCUUAUCUGAAAAUAAUACCGUAUACUAACUGUGUAAACUGUCCGCUCCUCCAGAAAGGAAUAGAGGCAGCUUUGAUGGAGGUCAUCAAAGAAAAACUGAACUUCAAGAGUUUGAAAUACACAGAAACACGUAGCUGGGGUGUAAAAGAAGAUGGAAAUUACACCGAAGCACUUGGGGAGAUUAAAACUGGGUUUACUCAUUGCGGGAUUGGUGUUUUUCACGCCAUGGUGGGAGUAAACGAAGACUUUGAUAUAUCUGCACCUUUAUGGGAAGAUGGUCCGAAAUGGGUAGUUCCAAUGAGCAAACCAUUACCACACUGGAGGCAAGUACUUUUGCUAUUGAAGGGUAAUUGGUACCUCAUUCUCGCAUCUCUACUAUCACACUUCAUAGCGACUGUUGUAAUGACUCGUGUUUUACAACUGAAUUCAAGAAGUUCAUCACUACAUCUUCUCGACAUAGUGAGAGUGAUGUUAAAUAAUCCUCAGACUAGUCACUACGAAAAUAUUUCCUUGAAGAUGAUGCUAAUGAUACUUUAUUACUUCUCAUUGAUAAUCAGUUGUGCUUACACUAGCAAACUCACAUCCCUCAUAACCGUUGGUACACGGUAUCAUCAGAUCGAUACUCUCGAAGAAAUUAUAGCAUCUAAGCUCACAUUGGGAGUUAUUCCUGAUGUAGUCACAUACUACUCUCUCUCGGCCGAUCCACUAGAGAAACGAGUUUCAGAAAAGCAUAUGGUAUGUAAUUUUACAUCAUUUUGUACGAACAGGUCAGCUUUUCAGAGAGAUAUGGCCUUCACCAGGAGUCAAGAGAUGAUGAGAUUUCUGAUACCAAAAUAUUUCCUCGAUGACCUUGGAUGUCCUCUGCUGCAUGUCACUAGUUCUUUCAUUCUCAAAACGCACGUGCAUUGGUUCUUCAGAAGAGGUUUUCCGAUGUUUGAACAAAUAAAUGACCUUUUGCUGAGAUUGAAGGCGAGCGGGGUGAUGAAUAUGUACUACAGUCAUUUGUUGAAUGAUGCAAAAAUGGAGUACAUGAUGAAUGAUAAGAAAAAUAGGAAACAUCAUAUAGCUCUAGGCUGGGAGCAACUGGAAUUCAUUUUUUAUGUGCUUUUUGGAGGAUGGAUGAUAGGUGCUAUAUCGUUGUCAUUAGAACUACUAUUGAAACUACUAAGCAGAUCACACACAAUAUGA